CCGGCUUCUGACAGCGCUAGUAGCGGCAUGUUGGUCAGCGGACUGCUGACAGGGGCGCGAGCCCGGGCGCCUGUGCUUGCGGGUCUCCUCGAGACUUGGCUCCGCCGCGGGCGGACCGCGUCCUCCUACUCCGCUUCCUCUGAGCCGUCCAAGGUGCGGGCGCUGAUCUAUGGCAACCACGGGGAUCCGGCCAAGGUCAUCCAACUGAAAAACCUGGAGCUCACUGCUGUGGAAGGAUCUGACGUCCACGUGAGGAUGCUGGCAGCCCCUGUCAAUCCAUCUGACAUAAAUAUGAUCCAAGGGAACUAUGGCCUCCUUCCCAAGCUGCCUGCUGUCGGAGGGAAUGAAGGUGUCGGACAGGUGGUAGCAGUGGGCAGCAGUGUGUCUCGACUGAAGCCGGGAGAUUGGGUGAUCCCAGCAACUGCUGGUUUAGGAACCUGGCGGACUGAGGCUGUGUUCAGUGAGGAAGCGCUGAUCGGAAUCCCUAAGGAUAUCCCUCUCCAGAGCGCUGCUACCCUAGGUGUCAACCCUUGCACAGCCUACAGGAUGUUGGUGGACUUUGAACAGCUGCAGCCAGGGGACUCUGUCAUCCAGAAUGCAUCAAACAGUGGAGUGGGGCAAGCAGUCAUCCAGAUCGCCUCAGCCCUUCGCCUAAAGACCAUCAAUGUGGUCAGAGACAGACCUGACAUCCAGAAGCUAACUGACAGACUAAAGAAUCUGGGAGCUGACUAUGUCCUCACAGAGGAGGAGCUAAGGAUCCCCGAGACAAAAACCAUCUUCAAGGACCUGCCCCUGCCCCGACUGGCUCUCAAUUGUGUUGGUGGGAAGAGCUCCACAGAGCUGCUACGGCACCUCGCGCCUGGAGGAACCAUGGUGACCUAUGGGGGAAUGGCCAAGCAACCUGUAACAGCCUCUGUGAGCCUGCUCAUUUUUAAAGACCUCAGACUUCGGGGCUUCUGGUUGUCCCAGUGGAAGAAGAACCACAGUUCAGAUGAGUUCAAGGAGCUGAUUCUCACCCUCUGCGACCUCAUUCGCCAUGGCCAGCUCACAGCCCCCGCCUGUUCUGAGGUUCCACUGCAGGACUACCAGCAGGCCUUGGAAGCCUCUAUGAAGCCCUUUGUGUCUUCAAAGCAGAUUCUCACCAUGUGAUUGUCCCAGAGGACCAGGAGGAAAGCCAGAGUGCAGACCCGAGGAUGAGAAGCCGGCCUUCCUGAGGACAGGAUGAAGACUAAAGGUCAUCCCCCUGUGGAGGACUGCUGUGCACCUGCCGCCUCACAGCACUAGGAAGCCCCUGCCCUGCCUGACCAUUCUGAGCGCAGAGGCUGAGGGAUUGCUGCCAAGCGCAGAAGUCACACCCUCAGCAGUGUGAGCCCUAGGAUCUGGCAGAAGGGGAAAGGUGGUUAACUUCUCCCAGAGUGUGUGUCUGUCCAGGGCAAGGGGAUCUGCUGCCAAGGUGAGUGCCAGGCUGAGAUCAUUAAAGCUUAAGAGACUGUGAACACAGGAUCUCAGGUGUCUGGGCCACCUUGAGGGAACUUCCAUUGUAACUGAGGGAAUAAACAUUAUACCUGUGGCUCUCA